GUUCUAACAAGCCUUUCAGGCGACUGCGAUGCACGAUAAAGUUGGCAGCUCCUGGAGCAGGGGUCCCUUCGCGCUACGACCCCACCUCUUCGCGGUCCUCUCAGUCUCCCUAGCGGGGCAGGGGACCCGCCCAGCGCUUUGCUGAUUUGCCCAGCGCUCACGCCCAACCUGGGUUUCUCCGGAGCCCGCCGCGCCCCGCGCACCCACCCCGCAACGGCAGCCGCACGUGGGUCUCCCCGCAAACCACCCAGGCGUCCCGGGAGCAGCGCUGCUGCACCGCCGCGCUGGGGGCCCAACGCCUGGGGCUGCAGGUGCAAAAGGCGCCCCGAGCCGGGGAGGCCAAUCGCGUCCGCGGAGAACGCAGAGUGCGGGCAGGGGCGCAUCCCUCGCCACCUGCGGUCGCCCAGCACGCCGGGACGCGCGUGGCCAUCCAGCUCCCCGGGGGCGUUGGGGGGCUCCGCGGGCCUGGGCCUCGGGAUUCGCCCGCCGCUUCCCCGGGGAGCCGCUGCUGCAAAGCCAGGUUGGGGCGCCGGGCCCGGCCAGCGCCCUCUAGGCAGCGGAAGUGCAGCUUGCUUUACAUCCGUCCUCCCCGCCUCGCAGAGUUGGGAGAAGGCAGGGUGGGGGGUGUGGAAAAAUAAAAGGGAAAGUCCUUGCACCAUGUAGAUCAGGGUCCCCCACUUUGGCAUCCCGGCCGGCCGGGGACCUCCCAGUCUGCGGCGAUGAACGCGAGCAGCGAGGGCGAGAGCUUCGCGGGCUCGGUGCAAAGUGGCACAACGGUGCUGGUGGAGCUGACUCCCGACAUCCAUAUCUGCGGCAUCUGCAAGCAGCAGUUUAACAACCUGGAUGCCUUUGUAGCUCACAAGCAAAGUGGCUGCCAGCUGACAGGCACGUCCGCAGCAGCCCCCAGCACGGUCCAGUUUGUGUCGGAGGAAACAGUGCCUGCCACCCAGACUCAGACCACCACCAGAACCAUCACCUCGGAGACCCAGACAAUCACAGUUUCAGCUCCAGAAUUUGUUUUUGAACAUGGCUAUCAAACUUACCUGCCCACGGAAAGUAAUGAAAACCAGACAGCCACUGUCAUCUCUCUCCCUGCCAAGUCACGCACCAAAAAGCCCACAACACCACCUGCUCAGAAAAGGCUUAACUGUUGCUAUCCAGGUUGCCAAUUCAAGACUGCUUAUGGCAUGAAGGACAUGGAGCGACAUUUAAAAAUUCACACGGGAGACAAACCCCAUAAGUGUGAAGUCUGUGGCAAGUGCUUUAGCCGGAAAGACAAGCUGAAAACUCACAUGCGGUGCCACACGGGCGUGAAGCCCUACAAGUGUAAGACGUGUGACUACGCCGCUGCCGACAGCAGCAGCCUCAACAAGCACCUGAGGAUCCACUCGGACGAGCGGCCCUUCAAAUGCCAGAUCUGCCCCUACGCCAGCCGCAACUCCAGCCAGCUCACUGUCCACCUGCGAUCCCACACGGGGGACGCCCCCUUCCAGUGCUGGCUCUGUAGCGCCAAGUUCAAAAUCAGCUCGGACUUGAAAAGGCACAUGCGGGUGCACUCGGGGGAGAAGCCUUUCAAGUGCGAGUUCUGCAAUGUCCGCUGCACCAUGAAGGGGAACCUCAAGUCGCACAUCCGUAUCAAGCACAGCGGGAAUAACUUCAAGUGUCCGCAUUGCGACUUCCUGGGUGACAGCAAAGCCACCCUCCGGAAGCACAGCCGCGUGCACCAGUCGGAGCAUCCUGAGAAGUGCUCGGAAUGCAGCUACUCCUGCUCCAGCAAGGCCGCCCUGCGCAUCCACGAGCGUAUCCACUGCACCGACCGCCCUUUCAAGUGUAACUACUGCAGCUUCGACACCAAGCAGCCCAGCAACCUGAGCAAGCACAUGAAGAAGUUCCAUGGGGACAUGGUUAAGACUGAGGCUCUAGAGAGGAAGGACACCGGCAGGCAGAGCAGCCGGCAGGUGGCCAAGCUGGAUGCCAAGAAGACUUUCCACUGCGAUAUAUGCGAUGCCUCCUUCAUGCGGGAGGACUCGCUCCGCAGCCACAAGAGACAGCACAGUGAGUACAAUGAGAGUAAGAACUCGGACGUGACCGUCCUCCAGUUUCAGAUCGACCCCAGCAAGCAGCCCGCCACGCCCCUCACUGUGGGACACCUCCAGGUGCCCCUCCAGCCCAGCCAAGUGCCCCAGUUCAGCGAGGGAAGAGUCAAAAUCAUCGUUGGGCAUCAGGUGCCCCAGGCGAACACCAUCGUCCAGGCUGCCGCCGCUGCAGUGAACAUCGUCCCGCCUGCCUUGGUGGCCCAGAACCCAGAGGAACUCCCAGGGAACAGCCGGCUGCAGAUCCUGCGCCAGGUCAGUCUGAUCGCCCCCCCUCAGUCCUCGCGGUGUCCGAGCGAGGCGGGCGCAAUGACCCAGCCGGCUGUCCUGCUGACCACCCACGACCAGACGGACGGAGCCACUCUGCACCAGACUCUCAUCCCCACGGCCCCAGGUGGCCCCCAGGAAGGCUCUGGCAAUCAAACUUUCAUUACCAGUUCGGGUAUUACUUGCACUGACUUUGAAGGCCUAAACGCCUUGAUUCAGGAGGGGACAGCAGAAGUGACAGUGGUGAGCGAUGGAGGCCAGAACAUCGCAGUGGCCACCACAGCGCCACCGGUCUUCUCCUCCUCUUCCCAGCAAGAACUACCCAAGCAGACCUACUCCAUCAUUCAAGGGGCAGCCCAUCCAGCUUUGCUCUGUCCCGCCGACUCCAUUCCAGAUUAGUGCUUAAAAAACAAAAGGAGUGGGGGAAAGGAAUUGAGAAAAAGAAAUCUUAAGUAGAAUUCUCUAAAAGGUUUGCUCUUAAUGUUUUCUUUGUUUUGUUUUGUUUUUGAGACGGAGUCUCGCUCUGUUUCCCAGGCUGGAGUGCAGUGGCGCGAUCUUGGCUCACUGCAACGUCCGCCUCCCAGGUUCAAGCGAUUCUCGUGCCUCGGCCUCCCGAGUAGCUGGGACCACAGGUGUACGACAUCAUGACUGGCUAAUUUUUGUGUAUUUAGUAGAGACGGGGUUUCAUCAUGUUGAACUCCUGACCUCAAGUGAUCUGCCCACCUCAGCCUCCCAAAGUGCUGGGAUUACAGGUGUGAGCCACCAUGCCUGGCCGUGGUUUGCUCUUAAUGUUUUUAAGGAUGGUUGUGAAUCCCCCUGGCCCCAUAAUAAAUUGUAAUUUUAUACUGCUUACUAUAAUUUUUUUAACACUGUAACAACUUUGAGACCACCUCUGAAUCGUCGCAUUAUAACUGUUGUAGAAUCUUAAAUGUUACCAAGAUGAUUCCAAUGAGGGGUUGGAAUUAAAUCCAUUAAGUAGUGAAUACAUGUGUUUGUUUCCAACUUGAUUUUCCAACUCUCAUAAAGGUUUCUGUCCAUCUUAUUACAUGUGUGUAGUAAAUGGUACUUCCCAGCCUCUCUUUUGCCCCAUUCUGGAAUACUCCCCAGAGUUUGGGGGUGUUCAUGUUUUAUACAUGUAAGUCUGUUGGCAUGAAGGACCAUUUUCUACAUAAUAUGACAUGGAUACUUGACCCAAAAAAAAAAUGUUUAGUGCUAAUGAGCAGAAAAUGAAUGGUUCCGUAAUAAAUUGAUAUCUGAUUAAAA